AUCGACCAACCGGGCGGCGCGCAGCGGCCGUCGGACAUAAAGCCCGCGACGGAGGGCAAGCCGCUCGGGCCGGUGUUCUACCUGCACGUGCCAAAGUCUGGCGGGGCCUCCUGGGAGCGUGACGCUCGGAGGGCUGUGAAGAGCAAGGCGAGCUCCUUCACCCCCGUGGAGACUUGCAUCUGCUACGCGAACCGAGAGGACUUCCGGGUCGUGCUGCUGCUGCGGAGCCCUCCAGAGCACGUGGUCUCUCAGUACACGCACUGGUCCACCUACCAUGGCAAGGGCAAUUCAUCUUCCAGGCUAGCGGAGAUGAGUUUGAUGCCUCAGCAGCUUGAGCAAUGGGUGCGCGUCUGGGCAGAUAUCAAGUAUCACACCCUGUCGUCCGACAACGUGAGUCAGGCUGCGGAUCUUCCUUGCGCCGCGGGCUUGCGGGCUUGCUUGGACAGGUACGUGUACAAAACCGGUUGCAAGUAUGUGCCCAUCGAUUUCCAGACAGAGCGGUUGACAUGCGACGAGCUCAGACGUAUUGAUUUUCCAUUUCCCAAGCGGUCCGUCACUCUUGCUAUCCAGAACGUGGAGGAGGCAUGGUUUGUGGGCAUCGUCGAAGCAUACCAGGAGUCUUUGUGCCUACUUUACGAGCAGGUGAGUGGAGCUUUGCCAGACACGUGCCACUGCACCGACGUCGACAAGUGGCGCGGAAUGAAGUUGACGCACGUCCAGCACGGCAUUACUUCUCGUUCAGUGUCUGAGCUCCCUGCGCAGACCAUCCAGCUUAUAGAUGAGCUCACUGAGGGGGACCGAUCAGUUUACAGAGCUGGCGUGGCUCGCUUCUUGCGAGAGGUCCGCAGAGUGGAAGCCAGACACAACACGACGGUGCUGUGCAACAGCACGCUCCAGAAGCUAUUGGCUCGAGCAAAAUGA